AUGGUCGCUGUCCCCUCAGCCAUUCGCGCUCUCCUGGCUGGUUCGGCAGCCUCUGCCCUUCACAACGGCUGGGCAUCUAACAAUUGGAACGGGUCAGGAUGGGGCAGUGCGGCGGACUGCAACAUUUCGACCUUCGUGCCCCAGUUUCCUCCGAACCAGACCCAGCUCGUUGUGCCCAAGGACCUCGAGCCGCACUUUAUCGGUCUCGGAUUCGGAGUGCAGAACUACACAUGCACUUCCAGUAACACGUACUUGAAUGUUGGCGCAUACGCGGAGCUGUUCGACCUUUCUUGCUACGUCAAUGCCACUUGGUUCAGCACCGUCCAGGAGCCUGCAUACGACGUAUGGGUCGAUGCCAACGUCUCCAUUGCCCUUGUCAUCGAUUUUAUCCACUUCCUCAACCCGCCACAGAAUCUUGCUCAGCACUACUUCGUCCCCAAUCCCCUCAACGCCAGCGCUGGUCUCAACCCCAAGUGGGACUUCACGUCGUCCGGCAAGUUCGAGGGCAACCCGAACGCGUUCAUGAUUGGCAAGGGGAAUGGCACGCUCCCGUCACCAAACAAUGCAACGACAGAUAUUGCCUGGUUGGAAAUACUCAAUUUGGAGGGUGAGAUUGCUCAGGAGGUCUUCCGAUAUGACACUGUCGGCGGACAACCACCAUCAUCUGUACAGGGUGAUACUGCUAUUGUCCAAGCCUCGGAUGGCGGCGAGGUGCAGGUCCAGUUGCAGAGGGAAGCUGUUUUGACGACAGCAUACAUUGAGGUCAUCGGGAAUGUAGUGGACGCCACUACGAUUAAAAUGCUGGCGUGCAUCAAUCUGGGCGACGAGCUCGACAUGAAUCUUGUCAACGAUGUUGUCGAACUAUGGCACGACCCACGAUUUGCUAAGAUGGAUCCCACGGAGUGUAUUGUCUGCUGUGGCACUGGCGACUUCGUCGGCAACAGCUCUGCCUCCAUACUCCGUACAUUCCAGCCUUCCUUCCUUCUCAAAAUGACGCGGUUUAAAGCAUACUGGACCGAUAGCGAGGAGGAAGAUGAAGAAGAAACCAAUAUCGCGCACGAUUCGGACGACUCAACUGGGGACGAUCGGCGGGUGGACGAAGAGAUUGGCUCAGACUCUGACGCCUCCUCAGAAGAUGGUGCAUGGCAUCCAGACAGGAGGCGAGAGCUGAGCCAUGUUACGGAGGAUACAGAGUCGGAAGAAGAAGCAGCUCUAGAUGGCAGUAGCGACGACGACGACGACAACGCCCCACGGGCACGGCCUUCAGUCCAGUUUGAUCCAGCCAUUAAGUCACCGCCACCAACUAAACGAAGUGCAGCAGAUCCUACCAUUAUACCAUGGGCUCGGGAGCUCGGCGUGGACGCGCAGAAAAUGCAUGUUAUGCAGACAUCGCUAUUCCGUAUGCCCGAGGAGGAGGCGGCAUUGAAGGCGCUGUCGCGGCCUGCCACGCGUCGCAAACCUUCGCUGUUCGCGUCACUGAAUCGCAAGCACAGUAGAGACUCUGAGGGAGAGGGUUUGCGAGCCGAUUCGCGGCAGCGGACUUCGUUCGCCCAGGACAUCGAACCUGCAUCAUACCGGCCUUCACGGAAAUAUGCUCGUGUGGAAGGCUCUGCAUCGGCGGUGAGCGGGAAGGAAGAUGCGUUUGUAGAUGCCGGCCUCGCGUUAGGUCGCUCGUUCCGAGUUAGUUGGGGACCGAGUGGGACGCUUGUCCACCUCGGCGCGCUUUGUGGACCAUACAGCUCUUCAGAAACCACCGCAAACAGCUCCAUAGUGCAGAAGAGUACAGUUCCACUUGUUGCGGCCCCGAUUGGAGAAGCCUCCGAACGUGCCUCGAAGCUUCUUUCGCAUCAUCUUGGCUCUACGCCUAUCGAGUCUGAUGCGGAGGGCGUGCCAUUUGCAAAUCCAUCUCGUCAAUUGUCCUUCUCAUCGUUCGCGGCGCAAUUCCCGGCUACCGACCUAUCUUUUGAGGCUUGCCUCUUCCGCCUCGGCCGUGCGCUCUUCGACCCGAUUGAUUUACGAUUAGCGGAUUCGGCUGGUAUGGAAGUCCGACAUCGUGCGCACGCAUUACGACGAAAGGCGGCUUUGUCCAAAUGGCUCGAGACGACCAUCGCAAAUUCGGUUGAAGCGGACCUGCGCGAUAACCCUGGCGGAGACUGGGCAGCCACCGCGUUUACCUUGCUCAGUGGAAAUCAAGUAGAGAAGGCUUGUGAGAUUGCUAUGGACAGUGGCAACGUCAAGCUUGCUUCGCUGAUGUCUCAAUAUCCUGGGGACGACGAGUUCAGAGCAGAUUUACAAACGCAACUCUCACUGUGGCGGGAACAACGAAUCGACGCACACAUCAACCCAAAUACUCGGAAAAUUUAUGCACUACUAGCUGGAAUUGUGCAUACACUGGAAGGGUCGAAGGGCGCUGCGCCUGAGCAAUGUCCUGAUGUCAUUAUUACCAAAGGUUUGGAUUGGAAGCGUAUUUUUGGGCUACAUCUAUGGUUUGGCGAGCCGAUGGAGUCGACGAUAGCGGAUGCCUUCGCUUCUUACGAUGCGCUAUGGAAGAAUCUGUCCUCAGGAACUGCUUCUCCUAUACCCUGGUACAACGAGCAGUCUGUCAAUUCCAACCAGCCUGGUAGCCGUUCAUGGGUUUUGCCAUCGUCUGCUACCCCCCCGGAUGCACUGUAUUCGCUUAUAAGACUUCAUUCCGAUCCUACCUGCACCCUCUCCACUAUCCUCUCACCACUUUCGUUCAGCGCGUCUCCAGCCGAUUUCAGCCUUGCAUGGCAUAUGUAUAUAAUCCUCUCUCGCUGUUUGCGCGUAAGGGAUUUGGCGGAUCGUGAAGGCCAUGCUGCUAUAGAGGAUGACGCCAUCGACAACAGCAAUUCAGACGAGCCUAGCGUAGAAGGCCACAGUCCAAGCGCUGACCUUUUGGCGAAUAGUUAUGCGCUGCAGUUGGAGCAGGCAGGCAUGAUUCAGGAAGCCGUCUUUGUACUCCUUCACAUUGAAGGAUCCGCAGGGAGAGUCAAGGCAGUCAAAGAACUGUUGACCCGUUGUGCGGGGCGAUUAGACGAUUGGACUACGAGAGGGCUCGUGGGCAGCUUAAAGCUACCAAUGGCCUGGGUGAACGAAGCGAAGGCUACGUAUGCCCUAGAUUGCGGCGAUGUUUACGGUGCCUACGAGUUAUAUCUCACUGCCGGGUUAUACAACGCCGCCCAUGACUUGGCUGUACGGGAACUCGCACCUGACGCAGUGAUACGCCGCGACCUGGAUUUAUUGAGAGAUCUGUUUGACAAAUUCAGGCCCCAUGUCGUUGACGGAUGGCAAGAGCGAGGAAAGGUCUUCCUUGACUACGCCCACAUUUUGACGCGCCUUCCGGAGCUGCACGAGCGUAUACACAGCGGUACAGCGGAUCCAGCGGACACGACGGAGCUGGAGCAGCUCGCCCGCAGCGUACCAAAGAUCAUAGGAAUAUUGCCGGAUUUAUUCAAUGACAGAUCGGACCCUUGUCAUACCGCUGCAUUUGCAGAAAUGACAAACAAGCUCGCUGUGUGCCUCAACAAAGUAAAACCACUGGUUCUUUAUCAGUCUCGCAUUCGGGCUCCCCAAAUGACUGAAGGUAUGCGACUACGUAACGUACAGACCGCCGCAUUCGAAAGGUUCCUCAAAAUGGUCGAAGUGGCAUAA